AGCUCCCCGACCUCCUUCUCAAAUAUCACGGCAUCUUCGAGAAAAAUUGCUCCAUUCUUCGAUUCGUCACAUCGGCAAUCAGUCAUCAUACUCCCCGCCAAGAAUGGAAAGCACAGGGCGGCGGUUGCCCCAGGUACCUUGCAGACAGUGCAAGAGACGACAGAUGCCUUGGAAAGGAUCCAACCCACGCACCAAGCCGUAUGAGAAGGCUGACAGUGCUUGCAUUCGUCAUUCCGGCAAUUCUUCCAAACCUGGUUGCCUCGAAUGCUACACCACUCUGCAAAAAGAUGAUGCUGGGAGUUUGUGUUGUCCUAAUCCUGAAUGCCGGAGCGGGUUCUUCAUCCCUGUACUCAUUUCUAUACCCACUUUCCUCCAGCAGAUUACUCUAGUCCCAGAGCAAAAGAAGUCGAAGAAAGCCCAGGCGCCGUUGAUCCUUCGAACCCACUGUCGGAAUUGUCGGCUCGAAGAUGAGGUAUGCAGUGGUUUGAUAUUCGGCCCCCGCUGCGAGCGAUGUAAAAUCGAGGAUCUGGAAUGCGACUGCAAAAUCUUGAGCAGGUCGUGCGAAGAGUGUAUGAAAGAUCGAGGGAGGGCGGCCUGGAAGAAAUGUGUUGGACUUCGUGACGAGUGCGAUGCUUGUAUUGAGAAAGGGAUUGAGUGCAAGGAAUUUGUUAGCGUGUCUUGGAAAGCAAGUGCGGAGGAGAAGCCGCCUGAAGAUGCUGUCGGGCACGGAACGAUGGAUGUUAUCGAUGGGACGAAAGCCAUCAGGGCUUUUGCUGCAUGCGAAAGGUGCUUGGAUGACGAAUUAAAAUGUGAUGAGAGUCUACCUGCUUGCGGAGGUUGCCAAAAGGAGGACGUGGAGUGCAAGUACAGACUGCUGACGACAAAAUUUUCUGACUUUCCAGGGAGAAGAGUUGGGCAGAGAAGAUCCUCCUUGUCUCGAGUCCAUCAAGAGGCGUUCAAAGAUGAAAAUGCACGUGAAGUUACUCCGCCGCAAAGCAAGUUACCAGUAUCAUGCGGAAGGUGCAGCAAGCCAAAAUCUAGGUGCUCGGGAAUUCUUCCCUGUGGGCGAUGCGAGAAAUUUGGUUUGGAGUGUAUCCCAAAACCAAAAGCGUCAGAGAUGGGUGCCGUUGCAGCCAAGUUGAAGGAAAUUGGGACUGAAACUAAAAUCGAGCCACUUGAGGGUCUGAUGAGUGGCCUGGAUUUAGAAAGUUGGCAUUUGGUGUCGCACGAAGAGGUUGAAGAACCAGUGCCGUUUACAAGUGAAAGUACCUAGAUAGUCUUUGGUUGUUCGACAAAUGUCCGGAGGACGGAGGCGUAUUUUUGUUCGUCGGGGAUGAGGCUAUGUUAGGACGGUUGGUUUGUAGACUCUGUUUUACGGUAAUUGGAUAUUAGUGAACCCAACGAAUAUGUACCCAG